AAGAAGAUGCUCACCGGUUAACAGAAGUAUGUUGUGAGUUUCUAACUUGCGUGAAAAUGGUGUUUAAAUGACUAACUCAAUCAUCUUCUGAAGUAAGUAGUGUGCCGGUGCUGGAUCUCUGAAGCAGACCGGUCCGUAAUCGCAGUGAUCCUCGCUCCUCCCGGGGCUGCAGGGUUUGAUCAGGGUUUUACCAGGGUUUACCAGGGUUUACACGGGUUUGAUCUCCCCCCUGGUCCGGGAUGAAGGUGAAGAUCAAGCAGUGGAGCGGCGUGGCCUCCUGGCUGUGGGUCGCCAACGACGAGAACUGCGGCAUCUGCAGGAUGCCCUUCAACGGAUGCUGCCCGGACUGUAAAGUUCCCGGGGACGACUGCCCACUGGUCUGGGGCCAGUGCUCCCACUGCUUCCACAUGCACUGCAUCCUGAAGUGGCUGAACUCCCAGCAGGUCCAGCAGCAGUGCCCCAUGUGUCGCCAGGAGUGGAAGUUCAAAGAGUGAAGCCGUUCACCUGCCCGGACUCACACAGAGACUCUGAGACGUCACUUUUGUUCCAGCUGUAAAUGACAAACUUUUAUACUUUUGUACUUUUCCAUGGAUUCAUUUCUGUUGAUUAAAUUUGGGAUUAAAUGGAAACGCUUCGCAGGCACUCCAUGAAUCCUGCCUUUAAUGGCGUUGGGCUGGUUUGCCUCCAGCGAAUGUGACGCACGUGACCUGAAUCUCAGUGUGCUGCCGACCGAUUCGGACUUUAAUUCCUUUUAAUGAGCUUCGAUCUGUUUCAUGUUUCCAGUAACAGCUCCGAGGAGAAGAUUUCUGAUUGAAAAGUGCAGUUGUUUUGUCUGCACUUACUGUUCUUUGUGUUUGUUUUUCCAGCGAGCACAAAUAGAGCAACCACGGCUUUAAAUCGGUGGUGGUUGGUACGUUGCAGAGCGGGCUGAAGGUUCUCUGUGGAUGUUACAUGAUGAAACGCUUAUUUUACUAAUGUUUACUCCCAUGUGUCACACAGCUCUCUAGACUCACCGCAGUGUUUGAACGUGUUCGAGGUCUGAACUUUGACCAAGCUUUUCCAAAACCAAACAGUUUUGACCCAGUUUAAGCUAUCAGGCAGAUGGCUGCGUGAGAGUUGUGGUUGGUGAUCGUUGUCAUGAGUGACUGCUGCUACUAAAACACAUCCCACCGCCCUGCUGGACGAUGGGUACAAAGUGCUUCUGCUUAAAUGUUGUGUGAUGCCAAAUACGACACUUGGCAUUCCAGGCCCACAGCUCCGCCUGCUUUCUUUAUGUUUUCUGAGCACUGUACCAUCUGUUGUUGAGAUAAAUUUGCUGUGACAUCAGCUCCUGGGAAGAGUAGAAAGUGUCUUCAAUGCUUCCCGCUUACAAAUAAUCUUUUUUACUGAAGCUGCACAGAACUGCAAAUUGUUUCAACAUAUUUGAUAACCUUUUUCAGACUAAUGAACAGCAAAAAUCCCCCCCUCUAAAGCAAUUGCAGGUGUCAUUCCUUUUUGGCAUUGUGUUAACAGAAAUGAAUGCUCCAGACCAGAAAAAUGUCAAAACAUCUUUUUUUUUAGAGGGGCCUUAUGUACUAAGAGUGCGUGAAUUUCAAUGUGAAACCGAGCGUGGAAUUUACACCUACGCAAAACUUCAGAUGUACAAAACUGUGCGUUCGCCCAAAUCCACGCAGGUCUCUCUGUACAUACCAAUCAGCGUGGAUUUGAGCACACAUGCGGAAGCACAACACUCCGCCCUGUCUCAUAUACAUAAAACACAAACAAAAUGCAUAUGUUUCAAGAAAUGUGCAAAAAAAGGUAAAACAAAUUUAAAAAAACAUCGGCUGUGAGCUGGAAUAAAUAAUUUAUUUGGGGGCAUUUCUUCCGAUUUCAGCUGCAUUGCAUUAUGGGUAAUGCUGUUCUUUGCGUUGCGUUCCGUGAAGAGUUGUGGUUUUA